ACAAGUGGCAGGUCACUGGUUUUGGAAUACAGCACUGUACACAGCAGUUUUAGCAACUAUUUUAGAGAAAGCUGCAUUAAUAACAGAAAUCUCAGAAGAAUAUGAUAGCAUUAUUCCUAAAUUAUUCAUGAGUUCCAUAUAUUAUUUAUUUAUCUUGUUGGUUCCAAUUAUAUGUUUAUUGCGAGAUUACGUAUGGAAAUA